CCAACAACAAGAAGAAGACUAUCACCAUUUCACCAUUCAUCAUCAUCAUCAUCAUCAUCAUCAUCAAGACCAUCAAGACUCAACUGAUCAUUCUCAACUCAAAUGACGACUUCAAUUCCAAAUCAAAAUCAAAACUUAUCAUUCUCUUUAAUCUCAACUUCAAUCUCAGAUUCCAUUGAUUCAUCUCAAUCUACUUCAUCUCAUUCACCUACUUCUAAUUCAACUUCAACUACUUCUUCUCCUUCUUCUUCAAUCUCAAAAUCAAAUCAACAACUUCAUCAAGAUUGGUCAAUCCAACUACAAAGAUCUACACCUACUGAUCAACUCAAUCAUAACAUCAUGGAUUAUAAUCUGACUCCCAACAAACCUAGAUCUUCUUCUACUUCUUUCAAUCAACAUCCUAAUACGAUCACUAGAUCCGCUUCAAAAGAUCGUCUUUCAAUCGAUCUUAAACAUUCGAUUCCUACUACAUCUACUAAACUUCUUCUAAACCAUCAACCUAUUCGUCCAUUCUAUUCAAACCCACCUCCUUCCUCUUUAGCUUCUUUACCCAAAAGUACUUCCUUACCAUUAGGACUCACCAACUCGUCUCAUCCAUCUCCUUAUACUAAACUCAGCCCACCUGUCUCAUCUAAAUUCGAUUCAUCCACAGCUUGGUUGAUUUAUUAUUUCGCCUUCAAUUUAGGUCUUACGAUCUAUAACAAACGAGUCUUGUUAGGCUUUCCGUUUCCUUGGACCUUGACCGGUAUUCAUGCUUUGGCAUCGACUGUUGGAUCUCAGUUUGCUUUGAACCGUGGUUUGUUUAAGUCUGCUAGAUUGAACAGAAGAGAAAGUGGGAUUCUGGUGGCUUUUAGUGUGCUUUAUACCGUUAAUAUUGCCGUCUCUAACUUGAGUUUACAUUUGGUGACUGUUCCUUUUCAUCAAGUUGUUAGAGCUACUACACCACUCUUUACGAUCAUCUUAUCAAUCUUUUAUUUUCAUAAAUCAUAUCCUCUUCAAACUUAUCUAUCACUCUUCAUAGUCGUAGCCGGUGUAGGAUUCUCAACCUAUGGAGAUUACGGAUGGACCACAUGGGGUUUGAUUUUAACUUUAUUAGGUACCAUCUUAGCUUCCUUUAAGACGGUGAUUACGAAUUUGAUUCAAGUUGGAAAGUUAAAGUUGAAUCCAUUAGAUUUGUUAUUGAGAAUGUCACCCUUGGCGUUUAUUCAAUGUGUGGUUUGGAGUUAUUGGACAGGUGAGAUGGAUCGAGUUAGAGAGUUUGGGGCUAAUCAGAUGGAUCGAAAGAAAGCUUUGGCUUUGGUGAUUAAUGGACUUAUUGCCUUUGGGUUGAAUGUGGUUAGUUUUACGGCUAAUAAAAAGACUAGUGCACUUACCAUGACUGUUGCUGCUAAUGUGAAACAAGUUCUAACGAUCGUCUUAGCAAUCUUUAUAUUCAAUUUAGUGAUCACACCUACUAAUCUGUUUGGAAUCACCUUAACAUUAAUCGGAGGAGCUUAUUAUGCUAAAGUGGAAUUAGAUCGAAAAAAAUCAAGCGAGUUAGUUAAUCAGAAUGGAAUCAUGAGACGAAAUGAUGAUGAGAAGAUUGGAUUACCUUCUAAUAGUUUGAUCACUCAUCAUUCUAAUCAAGGAGCUUUGUAUUCUCCUUUGGUUAAGGUUGUGAGUGGGAUUCCUUCAAUGGUUAAGGAUUGAGGAGUUUUGAAAAGCGUUGGAUCUCAGCAGGGUUGGACUUUUUUCUUUUUUGUGAUUUAUUGAGUUUAUUAUUCUUUUUUUUUAUUCAAUUAUUUUAUUUUUAUUUAUUGGUUUGGACAAUUGUUUUUUUUUAUCAUUCAUUUAUUUUUUUCAUUGAUUUAUUCAUUCGAUUUCUCUCUCUAUCACUCUUUUAUUAUUAGUUUUCUUCUUUUUCUUUUUGUUGAACAUCAUCAAGUUUUCUCUCUUUGAUCUUUAGACUAUUUACCUUCUUUAACUAAGUUUUUUUUGAAGUUUUCUUCUUCUUAGAUUUUUAGUACGUGUGUGUGUUUUUUUGAUUUGCUUUGUAGCUACAAAAAAGAAGUGUUUAUUUUACAUGAAGUGUUUAUUUUCCUUUAAACUUUUAUGUUGAGUUUUUUUUGAUAAUUGAAUUUUUAUGUAUUCUCACUUUU